AUGAAUGAAUUAAAAGAGUUAAGUAAAAAAAUAAAAGAAAAUACAACUUUAAAAAAAGAAGAAAAAAAAAAUGAAGCAGAAAUAAAGAAUUUAUUUGAAAACUUAUUUAACAACAAUUCAAUAAAUUAUUUAAGUUCCUUCAUAAAUAAAACAAAUACUGUUGAAAAUUCUAAUGAAAAUAUAAAUUGUGAAAUUAGCAAAUAUGUUGAUACAGAAAAUACAAGUAUAAAUAAAAAGUAUUUAAAUAAUGAAAUUAAUUCUGAAUCUGUAAGUUGUGAACAAGAAAAUAUAAAAAUAGGUUCUAAAUUACAAAUAGAAGAAAAAAAAAAAAAAAUUAAAGAAAGUCUAGAGGAUAAUAUAUUAGAAAAUAAUAAAAUAGGCAACAUAAAUAUAAAAAAAAUACUACAAAAUAAAAAAAAUAUUGAAAUUAAAGAUUUUAAUAAAUUAAUUGACGUAUUUAAUGAAGAGAUAAAAAAGAGGAGUAAAAACCUUGAAAACUUAAUGAAUAAAAAUAAAAUUAAAAAUGAUUAUAGUGAUAAAUUUUUAAUACUAGAAAAAUUUAAUCAGGAAAUCAAGAAUUAUGAAAAAAAUUUAGAAGGAAAUGAUAGUCUGUAUGAAUUAUAUUUAAUUAAAAAAAAAAAAAAAAAAAAUUAUGACUCAUUGAUAUUUUUUAAAAACUUCUUUAACUGUUUAAAAAAUUUUAUACAUUUUUUAGAGAAAUCUGAAAAGAACUAUGAAAAAUUAAAAAUUUUUAAAUCGUUGAUUUAUUUAAGAAAUUGUAAGGAGCAUAUCUUAUUAAUAAAAGCUAUCUUUAAAUAUAUAAAAAAAAUACAUAAUGAUAAAAAUAUUUUAAACGGAAAUGAAAAUGAAAAAAUUUCAAACGAAGAAAUAAGAAAAAAUAUUAAUGAAAAUGUUAUUUUAAUUAAUUCAAAUAAUAAUACUAUACUAUCAGAUAACAUAAAUAGAGAAACAUCGUCUUUUGUAAAUAUAAACCAUUCAGAAAAAUCCUAUGAAAAUAACUUAAACUAUAUUAAUAAUAAAGAAAAAAAUACUGAUUUUAGAUUGAUGGAUGAUUUAAAAGAAUUAUUUAACAUACAUUCAAGUUCCAUGAUACUAAAUAACAAAAUAAAUUUCAUGAAAGAUGUUAAAAUUAAGUAUAAUAAUAUAUUGAAUAACUUAAAGAAUCUACUUGAUGUAAUUUUUGAAAAAAUGUUUGUCUUUAAUACCAACAUUAUGAUAUAUAAAUAUAUAUAUUUAAAUUCAAGUGAUAUCUCAAAAAAUGGGAAUAUAAAAGAACAAAAAAUUUCUUAUAGCAUGUUUUGGCAUUUUGCGUAUAUUUUAAAUGAACAUACUACAUAUUUAGAAAAAAUAAAAAAUCAUAUUUUUUUUCAUUUCUUUAAAAUUUUAGUUUUAAUAUAUUGUAUUAUAAAAAAUCUUAAUGUAGAAGAAAUAUUAAAUAAUAUUUUUGAAGCAAAAAAUAAGUAUUCUUUAAAAUAUGAAAAUAUAAAAAAUUUUGUUACAAAUGUAAUAAGAAGAAAUAAUUCGAAUAUACUUUUAAAUAAUUCUUUUAAUUUAUUUGAAAAGUUUAAAAGUUAUUUAUUUUAUAUAGAUAAAUUAGAUAAUAGUGAUAUUACGAACAAAGAGAAAGAACAAUUGAAAAAUUUCUGUUUUAUCAAUAUAAAUUUAAUUGAUCAUAUUGAGGAAAAUGAAUAUCAUAUUUUUAUUGAUAUGGAAAGCUUUUUUAAUAAUAUUUUCAUAUCAAUGAAGAAUAUUAAAAAAAUAUAUGAAGAUAAAAAUAAUUCAUACAAAGAAGAGUUUUCAGAAAAAGAACAUUUAAAAAGUGAAGAUUUAAAAAUGAAAAAUGAUGUUUCAUUUGGUGAUACAUGUAUAAAUGAGGAAAAAAUUGACAAAGACGUUUAUAAAGAGAAAGUAAAUUAUAAAAAUGGGAAUCAUGAAAAUUGUAAUAACAAUAUAAAUAGUGACUAUUAUAAAAAUUGUAAUGAUGACGAAAAUAAUAAUCGUAAUAAUAAUGUUGAUCACAAAAAUAACAUUAAUCAUAAUAACAUUAAUCAUAAUAAUAAUAAUGAUGAUAUAGAAAAAAGUAAUGAAAAUUUCGAUAUCUUUUCUGUUUUUUCAAAAUCUCUUCUUGAUUUUUAUAAUUUUGUAGAAUUAUUAUUUUCUAUUAAUGAAAAAGAAAAAAAGAUUUUCGAUAUGAACAUGGAAGAAAAUUUUUAUAGAGAUGAAUUCAUAAAUAUUUUUAAUUUUUAUUUUGAAAAUAAGGAAAAUAAAGAAAAAAUUAACAAUAUAUAUUUUAAUAAGUAUGAACUUGAUUUGAACGAUGAAGAAAAAUUAAGCAAUAUAAAGAAAAAAUUGAAGAAAAAAUAUAAUUCAAUAGAAGAAGAUAAAGAAGAAGAAAAAGAUGAAGAAAAUCAGUUAGAAAAUAGUCAGAAUUUUUCUCUAUAUAUACUAAAUAAAGAAUUAAAUGAAAAUAUAUUUUCAUCUUUUCAUAAAAUGAAUUUAAAAAGAAAUAACUUAAGUAAUAUUUAUAAUAUAUAUUGUAUAUAUAAAUGGAAAAAAGAAAAGAAUAAAUUUCUUCUUUUAAUAAAAAAUAUUUUUAAGAAUAAUUUUUUUUAUUAUCUAAACUACACAUAUUUUUUAUUAAAUGAUAUGUUCAUAAGUAAAAAAAAUGAGUAUAUUUUAAUAGAUGAAAAUAUAGAUGAUUAUAUAUUUAAUUGUUUUUUUGAUUUACAUAGUUAUGAGUUAAAAAAUAUAGAAGAAAUCAAUUAUAAUAUGGUAUUGAAUUUUAUUGAAGAAAAGCAAGAAGUAUUUCAAAAAAAUAUAAGAGAACAAGUAGAAAAGAAUAUAACAGAAAGAAAUAACUUUAAAAAAAUCAUUGAAAAAAAAAAAGAAAAUAAAACAAAUGAAAAUAAAAUGAUAACAAUAACUAAUGAAGAUCAUACUGAUAAUGAUACCUCAAUUAAAAUAAAGAAGUCUUAUUCUCAUGAAAAGGAAAAAAGAGAUUUUAACUUUUACUCCAAUGUGAAUAACAUAAAUAUAAUUAUUAAGAAAAAUAAUUUAAGUUGUAUAAGAAUUCAUAAAAACUUAAUAUAUAUAAUAUUUAUUAUUUAUCGCAUAGUAUUUUUAUCAUAUAAAAUUUUAAUUGAAAUUAAAAAAAAUAAAAAAGAAUACAAAUUAGAAAGUGAUGUAGAUAAAAAAAAUUCAAAACUAAACUUUAAAGAUGAAAAAUUUGAUAAAGAAAAAUUGAAGUAUAUUACUAAUAUUAAUAUGAUAUUAUUCUCUUAUAAAGUUAUUAAAAAUAUUUACAAUGUUUUUUUAAGUUAUUCAUUUUAUAUUUUUCGAUUUACUUGUCGUAUAAACAUGAAAAAUGAACAAGAAGAAGAAAUUUUAAGUGUAAUUAAUGACAAUAUAUUUUUAAAGAAGGUUUUAGAAAAUAUUAAUAAUGUUUAUUUAAAUUAUAAAGAUUUAUUUGAUUUUCAUAUAAAUGAAAAGGAUAUUAUAUUCGAUAUUUUUGAUUUAGAAAGAAAUUGUAAAGUUAUCGAUGAAAAUAAGUUCACUCAUAAUAGUGACACAAAUGAGAAAACUAUUUUUUUAAAUGAUGAAAUAAAUAAAUUUGAAUCAAAUAGUAGUGAUGAUAACUAUUUAAAAUGCCUUUCAUUAGGUAAAAAACAUGAAGUAAUAAAAAAAAAUAAAAAAAAAUAUUUAAAAUUUUCAAGAAACAAAACUUUCUUAUUUAUAAAUAAAAUAGGUAUAUUAAAAAAAGUGCAUUUAUUCAUUGAUAAAUUUCAUAUAAAUAUGAACAGUUUUAAAAAAAUAUUAUUAAAAAUUUAUAAACAAAAUUUUUCUCUUCUUUUAAAAAAAGAUAUUAUUUUUAUUGAAGAAAAGUUUUUAAUUAAUACUUCUAAAAUAAUUAAUAUAAUUUUUGAAUUUUUUCAAAUACAAGAUUUAUGUAAAUCUUUACAUAAAGAAGUUGUUUUAUCCAUGAUAGAUUAUUUCUUUUAUCUAUUAAAUGAACAAAUUUACAAUUUUGUUUAUCAAAAAAAAAAUAUUGAUGAAAAUGAAAGAAUUUAUUUGUAUGAGAAAUUUGUCUUAAUUCCAAGUAGUUUAUUUUUUAUUUUGAAAAAUUAUAAAGGAGAUAACAAAUUUGAUGAGAAAGAUCUGUUACCAUAUGAAGAAAAUUAUUUUUUAAAAAAUUUUGAUGAAAUGUGUUUAAAUUUGACUAAUUUGAAAAAAAAUAAAAUUUUAUUCUUGCUACUUUUUUGUAAGAUUAAAUAUAUUCUAAACUCAAAAAAGACAAUUUUAGAUUUCUUUGAAAAUAAAAACAUCGAAAUACUUUUAUUAAAUAAUCCUCAUGCUUAUGAUGAUGAUAAUUUAGAUGCUAUAUUAAAUGAGUUUAAAUAA